AAUAAAUAGAAGCAAAUUGUUAAAGCACUAAAAACCCCAACAUACUCAUAAACUAUCUUCAUUUCUUUCCCCCAUUUCCCUCACGCUUCUCAUCAUCAUCUUUGAUCAACUCCUUUAAAAAUUCUUCAAUUGCAACAUCCUUUCCACAACCUUUGAUCUUAGAAACAGUUUCUUGAAUGCUCAAAAACAGUCAUUUCUUCUCUAAAUGCUUCAACUUUUCCAUCUUUUUUUGGUCAAUCUUUGAGCUGCAAAAGAGUUUCUUGAAUACUCAUAAACAGCCAUUUUGUUUGAUGAACCUCUAAAACCUUCAAUUUUUCCAUCUUUUCCACAAUUUGUGAUCUGAGAGACAGUUUCUUGAAUACUCAAAAACAGUCAUUUCUUCUCUAAAUACUUCAAUUCUCCAUCUUUUCCUCAAUUUACAAUUUCUUGAAUGCUAAAAAAAUAAUUCAUUUUCUCUAUAUUUUCCUCUAUCUCUGAGCUAAAAACAGUUUCUUGAAAACUCAUACACAGCCAUUUUGUUUAUUGAACCUAUAUAAGUUUCCAUCUUUUUUUCAAUCUAUGAGCUAAAGAACAGUGUUUGUGUAUUUUGCUAAACCCCUUUAGAAGCUACAAAUUCUCAAUCUUUUGAUCAGUCUGAGCUGAAAGACAGUUUUCGGGUAAAGGGUACUGAAUUUUUCAACUUUUAACGCUUCUCAUCCUGAAUCUCGAUGAAUUUCCUUAAAUUCUUGAAGUGUUGUGUCUAACAAAAAAGACAGUUUUUUUGGUUGAAAAAUGUCAACUUUUGAAGCUAAUAUUGCUGACAUAGAGGCAAAUGGAAGUAACCGGAAUGGUAGUUUCCGCCGUCACCGCCGCCGUAGACGUCGGCAGCGGCCGUCAAUGGCGGCGAGCAGUGAGACAACAACUACUGAUGGGAGUCUCCACUUCACUGAUUCAGACUCUGACCAGUCUUGGCACUCACCUUUAGGCUCUAUGGCUGGUGAAAGUGAGGGUAUUUUGGUAAAUUGUGAGCCACAGAGGGACAACAAGCAAAGAGAGUCUUUCUCAGAUGAGGAGAUUGAUUUGGAGAGUGGUGAAUUGGAGUUGUUGAAAUUGCAUAAUAAAGAAGAGAGGGAUUGUAGGAUUUGUCAUUUGAGUUUGUUGAAAAGUGGUGGCAUUAGUAGUAGUGGUGGAGAUCAAGUGCAAGAGCAUUCUAUAGAGAUGGCUAUAGAAUUGGGAUGUUCUUGCAAAGGUGACUUAGGUGCUGCUCAUAAACAGUGUGCUGAGACUUGGUUCAAAACCAAAGGAAACACAAUUUGUGAAAUCUGUGGUGCCAAUGCACUGAACAUUUCUGGAGAGCAGACAAAUGAAGCAAAUAACGCUACAGUUGCCACUGUUGCAGCACCUGUAGGCCUUUUUGAAACCCGAGUCUUCUGGCAUGGACGCCGUGUCAUGAAUUUCCUACUUGCAUCCAUGGUUUUUGCCUUUGUCAUCUCAUGGCUUUUUCACUUCAAUAUAUUGCCCUAGAUGCAAUUGAAGAUCAUUGUCCUAGCAGCAAAGGUUUCUUAAUUUGCUACUUUAACAACUCCACCCCCGGUAAUUUGUGUUGUAGAGCCGGCAGAGGAAUACUCAGAUAUUAUCUUGGUCGCACUACUGGUGUGGUAUCUGGUACAGUUGCGUGGAAGUAUCCGGUAUGGGUAUGUCAAGUUUUUUGCUUAUUUUUUGUACAUUUUGACGAAUCCCUACAUGAAAUAUCCACACCCUUAUCACACUCAUUGGACGCGGAUGUGUCAAGACAAAUGAAGGACUUGCAUAAUAUAUGUGUAACGGUAUAGGCCAUGCUGUAAACAUAUCUUCUAUAGGGGUUUCAACCAUUAGCUUCUAAAUAUUGUUCGCCGUGAUGAAUGUUUUGCUAGAAUGUAAGAUAGUUUUGGUCAUCAAGAUGAAUUUAAACUUCUUCCCAGCUAGUGUACCUAUGUAAGUAUAUGUAUAGAAGUACGGCGAUAAAGCAGUGGCAUUCUGUUGUAUAUCAUUCUUGAAAUUUCUGUACAAAUAUCUCAUGGCUCUUA